AAGGAAGACAUGCGCUUACUUUCAAUGAGGAAAAGCAGGCCAAAGUCUCAGAAGCGGUUUGAAUUGACCUCGCGAACAGUGCAUGCUGGGCACCAGAAAAAUCGAUCAUCUAUCCGCGCUCGGUUUACUUCACCUGCAGGUAAUUUGACACUGGUCCCUACCACGGAGAUACUAGAUUUUGCCAACAAGCUGCUGGCAGAUUCCCAAAUUAAGCUUUACAGGAAUAGUCUGAAAAUGCCCUCUUUAAUCUUGGAUGAGAAGGAGAGGAAGCUUUCCAGGUUCAUUACAGGAAAUGGAUUAGUUGAGGAUCCCUCUGCUGCUGAGAAGGAAAGGUCAAUGAUCAAUCCAUGGACUUCUAAGGAGAAGGAAAUUUUCAUGGAGAUGCUUGCCACAGUUGGUAAGGACUUCAGAAAAAUCGCGUCUUUUCUUGAGCACAAAACAAUUGCUGAUUGCAUUGUGUUCUACUACAAAAACCAGAAAUCAGAAAGCUUUGAGAAGAUAAAGAAAAGAUUGGAAAUGAGAAAGCAAGUAAAAAUUUACCCUACAAAUACUUACAUGGUGACAUCAGGAAAGAAGUGGAAUCGAGAGGUUAAUGCAGCCUCCCUUGAUAUGUUAGGAGCAGCUUCUGUGAUAGCUGCUCAAGCCGAUGAAAGCGUGAAAGCUCAUCAGACUUGUGGGGAAAAGUUGUUUUCAGGGGGUUUUUAUGGCUACAAAACAUCUCGUGGUGAUGAUGCUGGUUUGGAAGGGUCGAGCAGUUUUGAUAUUAUUGCGAAUGAGAAAGAAGCGGCAGCUGCUGACGUGUUAGCUGGAAUAUGUGGUGCUCUAUCAUCUGAAGCAAUGAGCUCUUGUGUUACAAGUUCUGUUGACCCAGGAGAGGGUUUUCAGGAGUGGAAGAGCCAGAAGCAAAGCUACAGAAAUAGUCAACCUUUGACACCUGAAGUUAUGCAGAAUGUUGAUGAUGAGGAAACUUGUUCAGAUGAUAGUUGUGGGGAGUUGGAUGCAGUGGAUUGGACCGAUGAUGAGAAGUCCAUUUUCAUCCAGGCACUGAGAAGUUAUGGUAAGGAUUUUGCAAAAAUUUCCCGUUAUGUCGGGACAAGGUCUAGAGAUCAGUGCAGAAUCUUCUUUAGUAAGGCUCGGAAGUGUCUUGGCCUGGAUGUGAUCCAUCCUGGGCCAAGCAAUGAUGGAAUGCCAGUUAGUGAUACGAAUGGAGGAAGGAGUGACACUGAGGAUGCUUGUGUCGUGGAGAUGGAGUCUGCCAUUUGCAGUACUCAAUCAUCCUCCAGGAUGGAUGUGGACUUGCAAUUGGACAUGGAUGCAUCUGCGAAUGCAGGGAUCACUAACUUGCAGACUGACAUGGAUGAAUCUAUUGAGAAAAAACAAAUGGAGCAAUCAGAACAUGAGGAUUCUGAGAAGGGAUUGGGAGCUGUUGUUGCUGAAGAUGAUCAGGAUGUGCCAGAUUGUAGUUUUGAUGGUGACAUCAAGUCAGUAAAACUGGAGGCAGGUGAGGUUAGUGCAGCUCAAAAUGUUACAUUGGUUGAUGAUGCUGUUAAAGUAGAGGUUCCAUCGAGAUCUGAGCAGCUUGUGGGGGUUCAAGGAAGUCCUGAUUUGACUGUUAAGAAAGAACGUGGAAAAGAAUCCACUCAGAUAACCAUUGCUUCUGUGGAUGAACCUGUAAGUGCUGGAGGAACAAAUCGUAUUCAAGGAGGAUUGAAAUUGAGUUCUACAGUUGACCUCCAUGCCGAAUCAGCUGCUGCCGAGCAUGUAACGUGUUCAGAGGGAUCACAACCUGCAGUUUCUGAAAAUUGCCUAGAUGAUAGAAGACAUGCCAAGGCUAGUGCAGAUAAAAAUAACAAUGCAAUUACUUCAUGUCGCGUUCCAUCAGAUUCUGCAAAUAACAAUGUUUCUGGCAUUGUGGAGGAUAGAAACGUUAAUCCUUGUUCGACUUCCAGCGUACAUAAGGUCUCUUUGGAGCUUCUUUCAUCUGUUCACAAGCCUCAGAUUAUAUCAUGGCCACAGAAGGAGAACUGUCCUGUGUCUGCAAGUUUAGCAUUGCUGGAUUCUUCUGUUGUCCAUACCGAGGAUCAUACCAGGCAGCCAAUGUCAUCGUCAUCAUCAAUUCUAAAUGUCGAGGAGCAUGAAAACAAGCAGCGACUGAGAUCUGCGAAUACAGAUAUCUACCAUCAGUAUCUGUUGGGGCAGUCCUUGAAUCGGGUUGACAUGUCACAGAUACUCAGAGGCUAUCCUCUCCGUGUGUUGAACAAGAAAGAGGUGAAUGGGGAUGUUGACAACAAAAGCUAUGGGAAGUCCUCCAUGGUUCAUAGUUUAUCAAAGAUUAGCAGAGAUCAACAUUCACAUCAGUAUUUAGUGCAGGACUUGUAUCAUGAGAAAUGCAAUGGUUCAAUGCUUCCCCACACAGUGGCUGAGCUUCCUCUUCUGUCAAGAACUCAAGAACAGUCCCUGAAUGAUCAUCCAAGGCCCCAUUCUUUGAGUAGCUCAGAUACAACAGAACAGUCACGGAGGACUGGUGAUGUGAAAUUGUUUGGUCAAAUUCUUAGUCAUCCCUUGCCUUUGCAGAAGCCAAAUCCCACCAGUCAAGAGGGUGAAAAGAGUUUGUCUCCUGAAACUAAUGGCAUGUCAUUUAAGUUACAAGUCACUCCUGAUAAAGGGGUUGAUGGUGCUUCAGUUAUGUCUAAGGUCGACCCUGGCAAGUAUUCAGGCUCGGACGAUUUCCUCAAUAUGAGUUAUGGUUUUUGGGAUGGGAGUCGGAUACCAACUGGGCUACCAUCAUUGCCAGAUUCUGCCAUUUUAUUGGCAAAAUAUCCUGCAGCAUUUGGAGAUUUCCCAACAUCCUCAUGCAGGGUUGAGCAGCAUCCACUGGCUCCAGUUGUGAAGAGGAAUGAUUGUGUGUCAGUUUUCCCGAGUAAAGAUGUCAGUGGUAGUGGGAUGCUGCCCGAUAUUCAAGGGUACAGGACCUAUGAUGGAGCAAAAGUGCAGCCAUUUCCAGUAGAUAUGAAGUGCCAUGAUGUGUUUUCAGAGAUGCAGAAACGGAAUGGUUAUGAGAGUGUGCCGAGCUUUCAACAGCCAGGGAGAGUAGUUGGAAUGAAUGUCGUAGGGGGAAGCAUCUUGGUGGGAGGAAAUUGUACAGGGGUUUCGGACCCAGUUGCAGCCAUGCAAAUGCAUUAUGCCUCAGCCGAACGGUAUGGUGGGCAGGCUGGAAGCAUUAGAGAAGAAUCUUGGAGACGGGCAGACUUAGGCAGGUAGAGUAGAAAGGAGGAGCAGCAGCAGCAGCAAAUAGCAAGGUCAUCGGUAGGUGGUCGAAAGGGGGCAAUUUCUUUGGUCCUUGGUGGCGCUGAAGAAGUUAAUUCUGUUUUAGGCGACAUUGUACAAUAGUUUUUGUUAAACCUCAAAUCAAAUGGAACGAAAGGAAGAUAUCCAUCAUCUCAUUCAUGGAAAAAAAAUCUUAGGAGCUUUGUAUUAUGCCACCAUUGUAUUUUGUUGUAUUCGAUGCAAGAUACAGAAAAAUAAUCUGGAAAAUUUUGUGGGGAGGAGCUUAGCUGGGUCACUGGCAUCACUGUGCCUCACUCUUUGGAUCUCCCCAAUGUUCAUGCUAUUCAUUAUUGCUGCAGUAUGAGACAGCGCAGGAACCAUGAAUUAUCAUUGUACAUAGUUCUUUUUUAUCCUUUUUAAGAGCUUAAAGACAGUGCAGGAGCCAUGAAUUUCUAGUCA